AUGUCGAUUCAGGAAAAGCAAGAACAGCCUAAAAGAGGAUUCAUCGGCUGGGUCAAAAAAGUGAUCAACGUGAUACUUGCCCAGUAUCUUGUCAUCGGAUUUGCCACUGCCUGCGUAUUAGGAUACUUCUUCCCGUCUGUCGCUCGACAUAGAGGCGUCAUCCGCUCCGAGUAUAGCGUCCUCUAUGGCGCUGUCGCGUUUAUCUUUCUUGUCAGUGGAUUACAGCUUUCGCCCGAGAAGUUGCGUAAGAAUGUGACGAACUGGAGAUUGCAUAUUCUGGUUCAUGGGAUCAGUUUUGCAGUUAUCCCAGCUAUCGUCUUGGCCAUCGUUCACAUCUCCAUUGCUGCUGGAGCUCUGGAGUCGCAAACCCCUUCACCGCCAAUUCUCAUUGGUCUUCUCACUACAGCUUGUCUUCCAACAACCAUUGCCUCGAAUGUUGUCAUGACACGAGCUUCAGGUGGAGAUGAAGCCGCAGCUAUCAUCUCGGUCGUGAUCGGCAAUGUGGCAGGGUCAUUUCUUUCUCCGCUCCUCAUCUACGGCUUCUUCCCAACUGGCCACCCUGAGGUGUUUGAUAACUGGCGCCCUGCUGAUCCAUCUACCCUGGGACACAUGUAUGCGGAUGUCGCUAAACAACUUUGUCUCAGCGUCUUAUUACCUCUCAUUGUUGGCCAGGCUAUAAGAUGGAAGUGGGAAGAGCGCACAGUGAAAGUUUUAAACACUCUCAAACUAGCCAAAGUUUCGACAAUAUGCCUCGUUCUGCUUGUCUGGACAACGUUCUCUGGAGCCUUUGGUACUGGUGCGCUGGAGGACUUAUCGACCAGCAACGUCCUCUUCCUUGUCUUUAUGAACGUUGCGUUGUAUGCUCUCUUUACCAUCAUCUGCUUUGUCCUCGCAAGACCUCCUCAGAGAUUGAUCAGAAUGGUUUCUUCGUCUUGGCUGAGGGUUUUGUUUCAGCCUAUGUCCAAAGAACAGACUAUUGCGGUAUGCUUUUGCGGCGCGGCCAAAACAACAAGUUUGGGUAUCCCAUUGGCAAGCUCGAUGUGGGCCCGCGCGGAUGAUCUCACGCGAGCGUACAUACAGAUACCUGUACUACUAUACACCAUUGAGCAGGUGUUUAUGGCCCAGGGAUUAGUAUAUGUUUUCAAAUGGUACAUGCGUCGUGAUGCCAAGGGGAGCCUCGACGAGGAAACAAAACAAGACACUUCUGGAGCACAGCAAUCUACGGCAACACAGAUGGAAGCUUCUGGUUUGUCCAGAGAAGUUGUUAGCACGGAUACAGAAGAAAAAUUACAGCGCAGCACAUAG